GCUCGGCGCUUCUCCUCGCCUUUCGAUGCUUACGCCCGCGCGCGCCGGCCACCAUCUCCCGUCCCUGCAGAAGCUGCUGCGCCAGUGCCGCUCCAUCCAGCGCCUCAACCAGCUCCACGCCCACCUCCUCGUCCACGGAUCCUUGUCCGCCGCAUCCGAUCUCCUCCUCGCCUCCUACUGCGCUCUUGCAAAGGCCGGACAUGGCGUCCUCUGCCACGCGCGCCGUCUGUUCGACGGAAUUCCUGGCCCGGACAGGGUCAUGUACAAUACCAUCAUCAGAGCCUACUGCAACAGCAGCUGCCCGCGGGAGGCACUACGCCUCCACCGCGGCAUGCUCAGGCGAGGGAUCCUGCCCAACGAGUUCACGCUGCCGUUCGUCGUCAAGGCGUGCACGAUAGCGCAGGCACGGGAGCAUGCUCUGGCCGUCCACGGCGUCGCUCUGAGGCUUGGCCUUGUGGGGCAGGUGUUUGUGGGAAACGCGCUUCUGCAUUCCUACGCGUCGGCUGGAUCUCUGGGGGACUCUAGGCGGUUCUUUGAUGAGAUGGUGGACAGGAAUGUUGUGUCGUGGAACUCGAUGAUUGGUGGGUACGCGCAGGCGGGUGAUACUAGAGAGGUGUGCUCCUUGUUCGGAGAGAUGAGGCGCCAAGGGUUCUUGGAAGAUGAGUUCACGUUGGUCAGCCUGCUCAUCGCCUGCUCACAAGAGGGGAACCUUGAAAUUGGUCGCCUUGUGCAUUGUCGUAUGCUGGUUAGUGGGUCUCGGGUUGAUCUGAUUCUUGAAAGCGCUUUGGUGGACAUGUAUGGUAAGUGCGGGGAUCUGUGGAUGGCUCGUAGAUGCUUUGAAAUGAUGCCCAUCAAGAGUGUCGUUUCAUGGACGUCCAUGCUUUGCGCUCAGACAAAGCAUGGCUCAGUUAAUGCUGCAAGAUGCUGGUUUGACCACAUGCCAGAGAGGAACAUAGUCUCAUGGAAUGCCAUGAUCUCUUGCUAUGUUCAACGUGGCCAAUGCCAUGAAGCUUUGGAUCUUUAUAACCAAAUGCAAUCCCAGGGUCUUGCUCCCGAUGAGAUUACCUUAGUGGCUGUCCUCUCUGCUUCUGGGCGAAUUGGCGACUUGACUGUAGGGAAGAUGGUACACCUCUAUAUUAGAGACAAUAUCUAUAAUCCUGAUGUCUCUCUAGUUAAUUCACUUCUGGACAUGUAUGCAAAAUGUGGUCAGGUAGACACAGCAAUCAGCCUGUUCAGUGAAAUGUGCAAUAGAAAUGUAGUUUCUUGGAAUGUUAUUAUUGGAGGGCUGGCAAUGCAUGGUCGUGCAUUGGACACAAUCACGUUCUUCAGAUCAAUGGUAACAGACUCCUUUGCACCAGAUGGGAUUACCUUUGUGGCCCUUCUUUCUGCAUGCAGUCAUGGGGGUCUACUAGAAACUGGACAGCAUUACUUUGAAUCUAUGAGACAUGUUUACAAUGUUAAGCAUGAAGUUGAGCACUAUGCUUGCAUGGUUGACCUUCUUGGCCGACGUGGCCAUCUUGAAAAGGCUGUUUGCUUAAUAAAAGAGAUGCCAAUGAAGCCUGAUGUUGUGGUCUGGGGUGCAUUGCUGGGGGCCUGCAGAAUCCAUGGGAAUGUCAAGAUUGGCAGGCAAGUGAUCAAGCAAUUGCUUGAACUGGAGGGCAUCAGUGGAGGUCUGUUUGUUCUAAUUUCAAACUUGUUAUACGAAACUCACCAGUGGGAAGACAUGAAAAGGCUCAGGAAGUUAAUGAAAGAGUGGGGAACGAGAAAGGAUAUGGGUGUUAGUUCAAUUGAAAUAAACAACAGCAUCCAUGAAUUUGGAGUGGAAGACAUUAGACAUGAAAGGUCAAGCGAGAUUUAUGCAGUAGUUGAUCAGCUGUCAUAUCACUUGAUUUCUUUGCAUCUCUUGGCUGUGCAUCCAGAAGAGCUAUGUGUGGUUGAGUGAAGGAAUGUAUUUGGGAUUCUUUUCAGGAUCAGUUAGUACAAGUUCAUAACAUUUUUGAGUCAGGUAAUCGUACUAUACAAAAUGAAGAUGGAUGUGGCUGGCACAUUGUUUUACAAGUGUUGUAUAAUAAAUGAGGGCAGUGACGUGUAUUUUGAGUUUGGAGGGAGUAAUGUUCAUUGCCAAGCACACCUCCUGUUGAAGCCUGAGGAUGUCAUGGUUCGCUGGGCAAGCCACUCACCCAAGCCCACAAAUUCAGCUGUCACUAUCUCCUGUGACUCUGAUGUUUCAACAAUAUAUGUGGAGAGAGAGACUAAAGCUCGGCAACAAGAUCUCAGCACACGUUCACAGAUUGAGUAUACCAUGGUAAGAGGCGCUGACUCCAGAAUCCAGAUGUAAAAGCAGAGCAAAGAUUGGUUGGUUUAACUGAACCGCAAGAUGAGGUGGGAUGGAUCCGUGCCCGCAUUAACCAGUUCGUGAUGCCUGCCACGUGCUUCUCUUAAUUGUGCACCGUGAGUACAUUACAGUGCAUUAGUCAAGUACUCAAGUAAGUGGGGGCCUGCAGUUUGCCGCUUGCCAGUUGAAGGCAGUUGUGCCCAUGGGGCCACUAUGCGUUGUGGUUUGGCAGUUAUUAUUAAGCGCCGAAAAGUAGUGAUUUGCCAUCGGCACAACGCAAGCACUAUUGGCUAACCGAGGGUUCUCGAGUCACUCCAGGAUGCCAACAGCACGUGGCAGCAUCACUUCGCCGAUCUGGAUCAGUGGCCUACUGGUUGGUACACAUUUCUUGUGAUGCUGUCUGCAAGUCCAUGGCUAGAUGAUUUGGUUCCGGCUAAUGGGAAUAUAUUGAUGCUUGGUGAGGUUGCUUUGCUCUUCUUCUUUUCUUGUUUUAACUUUAGAAAUCAUGGAACUGCUUUGUUUUUUUAAAGUUGUGAUGGUGGAUAAAGCAUGUUCCUAGAGCUUGCUUAGGGCACUCACAAUGCAAGACUCUAUCACAGAGUCCAAGACAAUUAAUUAUAUAUUAUUUAUAAUAUUUUGCUGAUAUGACAACAUAUUUAUUGAAGAAAGUGGUAACAAAAAUAAGACUCCAAGUCUUAUUUAGACUUUAAGUCCACAUUGUUCGAGGUAAUAAAUAACUUUAGACUCUAUGACAGAGUCUGCAUUGUAAGUGUCCUUAUGAUGACUUCAGUUGUGUGUGUUUUGGGGGGUAGGGGGGAUUCCACACCUAAGGCCUUGUUUGUAUGUUGUCGGAUUCAUCUUGAUCCACAGUUUAAGUUCCACUCAAUCCAUCCAACACAUGUGGAUUGAUGCAAAUCCGACUACAUCCAAACAAGGUCUAAAAUUCAUUUCAAACUGCCCCGGAAGAGGGGAUAACAGUAAUGUUACAAGAGAGAAAGU